CGCUCGCUCGCUCUCUCGCGUUCCAUUUCGCUGCCCUAGCUCUCGGAAUGGGUUCGGAACAUUCGACGCAGCUGCAAGCGGGUGGGGAUACAGGCGGGGCUCUGCGCACAAGUAGCCUCCAUCGUCACUCCACCACCACAACCACCACCGCCACCGGUUCCAGUCCAGCGGCAGGAACAACACGUUCCGGAACCGGCACUGGGAAGCUGCAGCGUGGUAAUACGAUUGCGGGCACGGGAACGACACCGGUCGGUGGGGGAGGUGCCCUGCUGGAUGAUGGAUACUCCACCUCCUCCGCGACACCCUCGUCGGCGUACAUCUGCGAUUCCCGGCCCGUUUCACCCCCGAUGAGCGUUUGUUCCGAUUCCGAUCUACCCUACAUAUCAUACACCGACAAACCGAUUGGUGAUUCCCCGAAGCUCCGCAACAAGCAGCAGGCCAAACAGGCAAAGGCACGCCCCAACAGUGCCAUCCUGAUGAAGCAGCAGCAGCAACAACACCAUCAGUUGGAGGGACGAGGUGGAAGCCGGAUGGGGGGAAGGGCCACCUCAGCGGGGAGCACAACCCACAGCAUCGUAGUGGUGAAAUCGGCAGCAUCGCGCGACGUCGGUAUCGAGAAGGACGACGACAUCGUACGGCUGCAGAGCGUACCGAUGUUUCUGCCGGUGAUGCGAGGCACACUGACGUUACCAGCGAAUCGCGAUCCGGAAGUACUGGAGCGGCUCCAACCCACGCAUCUCAUCAACAUGUGCAGCAGGCUUCAGUCGCAUUUCAACACCUGCGCGCUGCACGUUUCAUCCGAACAACAACAGAUAACCAACCGGAUUAAGGAGGUGGAUCAGGAAGUGUCGAGUGCUCUCGCUCAGCUCGUGCAGAAGCAGAAACUGUACACGUCGUACGCGGAGACGUUCUCGAAGGUGCGCCAGAUUUCGCAGCAAUUGACGCGCUGCAAUGACAUCCUUAACCAGAACAUCGAGAGCAUGGAGUACCUGAACAACCUGCUCAGCGUCGAUGAUCGGCUUGAACCGUUCGUGUGGAAAACCGAAUAGAUCCGUGGAGGAUGUAGCCUGAGCACCAGGGAGCUUUUUUUUUUAGGGAAGAUCUGGGAACCGACAACCUCGUGGAGGUGCUCGGCUUCCGCAACGGGGCCAAGAUACGGUUCUAGUCGAGACGUGACCGAGUGCAAUAGGGUGCCGUAUUAGGAUUCUAGUAUUAGUAGCAAAACACUCCACUCCACAACGAGGGAGUACGCAUGAACGCAUUCGAUCUAACAUUGUAAACUUGUUAUUGCUGUACCGCAUAGAGCUAUCGUAAAGGAAGA